AUGGAAAAACAACAAAGUUUUCGCAGCGGGGUAAUGGAGAAGCAGAAAAGCUUUAGGGGUUUAAUGGAAAAGCAGAAGAGUUUUAGGAUUGCAAUGGAGAGACAGAUAAGUUUUGGUGUAGAGAGGAAAAGGAGCAAGGAUUCGCCUGGGAAACGUGGGGAUUCACCCCUUCAUCUCGCUGCACGAGCUGGGAAUUUGGGGAAGGUGAAAGAAAUUUUUAUGAAGUUUGAGAAUAUCAAUAAUGGAAUAAAAGAUUUGCUGUCGAAUAAGAACCAAGAGGGUGAGACUCCAUUAUACGUCGCAGCAGAGAAUGGACAUGCUUUGAUCGUUGGUGAGUUCUUAAGACAUUCUGAUGUUGAAACUGCCUCUAUUGUAGCCAAUAAUGGCUACGAUCCGUACCAUGUGGCUGCUAAGCAGGGUCGUAUUGAUGUGCUGAAGGAACUCUCGCGUUUCUUUCCAAACCUGGUCAUGACUACAGAUUCAUCGAAUUCUACUGCAUUACAUACAGCUGCUGCUCAGGGUCACAUCGAUGUGGUAAAUCUGCUCCUGGAUACAGAUUCCAACCUCGCCAAGAUUGCAAAAAAUAACGGCAAGACUGUACUUCAUACAGCAGCAAGAAUGGGCCACUUGGAAGCUCUUAAAUCCCUGAUAAAUAAGGAUCCUACUAUAUGCUCUUGGACUGAUAGAAAAGGUCAAACAGCACUGCACAUGGCUGUGAAGGGACAAAAUGUUGAGAUCGUGACCGAGUUGAUAAAACCUGAUCCCUCUGCUUUUCUCUGUCGAGCGUCCGGCUGGCCUGGGAGGGGAGAAUCUGAGAACAACUUGAGCGAAGAAGAGAAAAAGAAACUGGAGAAGUUACAGAAGAUCAGAGUUAAAUUUUUGAGGCUUGUUCAUAGAUUAGGCCUGUCUCCAGAAGAAUCCAUGGCAGCACAGGUUCUGUAUCGGUUUACACUUCUUGCAGGAAGGCAGAAUGGCCAAAUUUUUAGUGUGGAUGCUGCCAAGAGGAUGGCUGUGGAGCUUGAAGCAGAGGGAAAAGAAGAUUCGAACUUCAAUGGGAACAUCUUGGUUCUUGGAAAAUCUGGAGUGGGUAAAAGUGCUACUGUAAAUUCGAUAUUUGGAGAGGAGAAAGCACCAAUCGAUGCAUUUGAAACUGGGACGACUUCUGUGAAAGAGAUUAGUGGGUUUGUUGAUGGAGUUAAGGUUUUGGUUUCUGCUGUUCUGCACCUCCAUGCUUCUGCACCUCCAACAAUGGCCGCCAUACCCAAGCCCAUAGAUUCAACUCCCGCAACUGCUUCCCUAGGCAACAGUGCCACCUCAAAUCCACAAGAAGGAAAAAAAAAAGUGGGCUUAGAAUUGGAACAAUCCUGGGAAUCGUAA